AUGUUGACGACGAAGAACUCAAUGGCAGCAAUAGAAGGGUUGAUGCUUGAUGAUGUGAUCCAACGUUUGUUGGAAGGUAGGCGUGGAGCGCGACAAGUGCAACUCUCAGAGGCCGAGAUUCGCCAACUUUGCCUUGAUGCCAAGCAUAUCUUCUUAGGACAACCCAACCUCCUCGAGCUUCAUGCCCCCGUCAAGAUUUGUGGUGAUAUACAUGGGCAAUAUCUUGAUCUUCUAAAGUUGUUCGAAAAAGGUGGUUUCCCUCCACAAUCAACCUAUUUAUUUCUUGGAGAUUAUGUCGAUAGGGGGAAACAAAGCUUGGAAACCAUAUGUUUACUUCUAGCAUAUAAGAUCAAGUACCCUGAUAAAAUGUUUCUUCUACGUGGAAAUCAUGAAGAUGCAAAAAUAAAUCGAGUUUAUGGAUUUUACGAUGAGUGCAAAAGGAGGUUCAAUGUUCGUCUAUGGAAAACAUUCUGUGAUUGCUUUAAUUGCUUGCCGAUGGUCGCACGAAUUGAUGAAAAGAUAUUGUGUAUGCAUGGGGGGCUUUCACCAGAACUAGAUAGAUUGGAUCAAAUUAGAGAGAUUGAAAGACCCAUAGAAAUUCCUGACUAUGGCCUUCUUUGUGAUCUGCUUUGGGCUGAUCCUGAUCCUAAGAGUGAAGGGUGGACUGAGAGUGAUAGGGGGAUUUCGGUCACUUUCGGUGCUGAUAAACUCGAAGAGUUUCUAGCGAAGCAUGAUCUUGAUCUUAUAUGUCGUGGCCAUCAAGUUGUCGAGGAUGGGUAUGAAUUUUUUGGAAAUCGAAAAUUAGUUACUAUAUUUUCGGCACCAAACUACUGUGGAGAGUUUGAUAAUGCAGGAGCAUUGUUGAGCAUAGAUGAGAACCUAUUUUGUUCAUUUGAGAUAUUGAAACCCCAAGAGUUGUCAUCCACUCCGGGUAGCUCUCAUGGAGGAAAACCACCGAAGAAGGUAUUUAACCGUUACUAA